UUAGACGAGCCCCUCUUUUCUCCCCGAAACUUGGGCUUUGCCCGUUUCACGAAAUCUCUCUCUCUCUGCUCUACUCUGCAUCUUCUGCUUUGUUUGUUUCUCUUCUAGGGAAGCUUCUUCAGUGCUUUAAUGGCGGAUUCCUGAAACGUAAAUUAACUGCUCUGAGACCAAAAGAGUCUAUAUAACACUGGCUAUGGAUUGCUUUACAAGCCUUCUUUGCGCCGAAGAUUAUAGACUCAUCGAUGUUGACGACGAAGUCGAAGAAGAAUGCCAGAUUGAUCCUCAACAGAAGCCGCAGCAGCUGUUCAUGGGUGAUUCUUGUGCCGAUUAUGCGAUUGUUUCAAAGCUUCUUGAGAAAGAACGAGAAAUGGUUCCUAGAGACGAUUAUUUGGCGAGGCUUCAAUCCGGAGGCCUCGAUGUCUCCGCUCGUAACGACUCGGUUGAUUGGAUUUACAAGGUUUAUCGCCAUUAUAGCUUCGAACCAUUGACUGCCUGUUUAGCCGUCAAUUACUUGGAUCGGUUCUUAUCGGAGUAUGAACUUCCUCGUGGGAGUAGCGAUUGUAACAAUACGGAGCCAUGGAAGUACCAGCUGUUGUCUUUGUCUUGCUUGUCUGUUGCAGCAAAAAUGGAAGAAACCAGUGUUCCAAUGUCUGUAGAUUUGCAGGUGAUUGAAGGAAACCUGAUCUUCGAACCGAAAACGAUUCAGAGAAUGGAGCUUCUCCUACUAUCAGUACUGAAGUGGAGGACUAAUGCAGUUACCCCUCUCUCGUUCAUCGACUAUUUCUUGCAGAGAUUGACAAACCCAGAAAACCCAGACCCCAAAUCCGUGGUUUAUCGAUCGGUCGAGCUAAUUCUAAUUACGGCGAAAGGCGUCGAAUUCCUUGAAUUUCGGUCAUCAGAGAUCGCAUUAGCUGUCGCAAUCUCCAUAGCUGGAGAAACCCAAAUCAUCGAUUUGAACAACGCCACUGACUCUUGUUCUUCCUCUGACUUAAACCAGGAGAGAGUAUUAAAGUGUUAUGAGCUAGUUCAAGAGGUCAUGAAUUCGAGAACAACUAGUCCACCAUUAAGCCCAAAUGGAGUACUUGAUGCAGCAACACUUAUGAGCUACGAUAGCAGCAGCAACAGUAGCAGUAGCAGUAAGUAA